CUAUCACCUACACCGGCCUCGAAGUAAUUUACACCAGUACACGUUGAAUAAAAUCGCGACAUUUUUGUAGUCAUAUGGUAGGCUUCUGGAUUUUGCUUAUUCCUACAACAUUUGAUUUCUGAUAAUCACGAGAAAAAUGACUUAUAUAAAGUCUUGGGAUGAAUUCGCGAAAGCUGUGGAACGAGUUUAUGUGAAUAACCCGUUAAAAUGUCGAUUUGUUAUGAAGUACAGAAAUGUGGAUGGAUUGUUGACAAUGAAAAUAACAGAUGAUCAUGUUUGUUUACAAUAUAAAACAGAACAUAAUCAGGAUGUGAAAAAAUUGGAAAAAUUACUUGGUCAUUUGAUAAGGGAUAUGGCAUCAAAGGAAAAAUAGAAUUUAUAUUUGAAGUAAAUCAAAACUGAUUAAUUAUUUGAAUGUGGAGUUUCGAUGAGCUAGAAAGUGUGGAGAGGAGACAUUUGGUCUAAUAUAUGGAUAUGAAUUAUCCAGAUAUGUUUAUAACUAAAAGUUAAUUAUAAGUUUUCAUUUAAUUUUGUGACUCAAUUUGGAUGGUAAGCAUCAGAAAAUGUUGUAAAAAACAAUGGUUAUUUUGUGCUGAAGAAUAUUAUAAGCAACAAUGUCAGCUUGUUAAAUAUCUUAAACGUUAAUUUGGUACCGGUACAUGAUGAAAAGAAUUCAUGUUGGAUAUGUUUUUUGAAGAAAUGUGUAAAAAAAAAAAAAGGCUAAAUAUGUAUUAUAGUGUGUUUGAGUUGUGCCCCUGUUGUGUAAGCAUUGGUUUAUCAUGUUUAUGAAUGAUUUAAAUGUUAUGAUAUGGGUUGGAACUCUUAUGAGUUAUGUUAUCAUGUGCUUUUGAUUUUGUAUAAUAUAUGUAUAUGUCAGUUUUAAUAUAAUAAUGAUAAACAAAAC